AGCAAGCGAAAGUCCAGCUCUUCUUCGGACUCCGAGUUCCUGCACAGGAGCAUCGUGCCCACCAUGCACUACCAGAAGAGUUUACCGAGGUUGCCCAUCCCAAAGUUGGAGGACACCAUCAGGAGGUAUUUAGCCGCUCAGCAGCCUCUGCUGGAUGAGCAACAAUUCAGAGAGACGGAGAAGGUGGCUCAGGACUUCCUGGCCGGCGAAGGGAAACGGCUACACCAGGAGUUGGUGGCUCAGGAUAAGAAGAACAAGCAUACCAGCUACAUCUCAGGUCCGUGGUUCGACAUGUACCUGUCGGCGCGGGAGCCGCUGGUGCUCAACUUCAACCCCUUCAUGUCGCUGGCGCCGGACCCCGAGAGCGAGCGCAACGAGCAGCUGGCGCGCGCCGCCAACCUGACGUGCUCGGCCGUGCGUUUCCUGAAGACUCUGCGCGCCGGGCUGCUGGAGCCCGAGGUCUACCACCUGGAGCGCUCGCGGGCGCGCUCGGACGCGUUCAAGAAGCUGGUCCGCUGGGCGCCCGCCUCGCUGGCCUGGUACGCCUCCUUCGCCGCCGGGGCCUUCCCGCUGGACAUGUCGCAGUACUUCCGCCUCUUCAACUCCACGCGCGUCCCGCGCGCGGGGCGCGACGAGCUGGUCACCGAGCCCGACGGCCGCCACCUGCUGGUCAUGAGGAAGGGACACAUGUACGUCUUCGAUGUGCUGGAUCGCGACGGCAACGCGGUGGCGCCGGCGCGCGUACGGGACAACCUCAGCUGGAUCCUGUCGGACGAGACGCCGGCGCCCGCCUUCCCGCCGGGAGCGCUGACGACGGAGAACCGCGACGUGUGGGCGGGGCUGAGGGAGAAGCUUUUGGCGGCCGGCAACGAAGAGACGCUGCGGGCGGUGGACGGCGCCGUCUUCUGCUUGUGCCUGGACGACGUGGAGCUCCCCGACGCCGUGCGGGCCUCGCACAACAUGCUGCACGGCGACGGCGUCAACCGAUGGUUCGACAAGUCGCUGAGCGUGAUCGUGGCGCGCGACGGCCACGCCGCCAUCAACUUUGAGCACUCCUGGGGCGACGGCGUGGCUGUGCUGCGCUUCCUCAACGAGAUCUUCAGCGACAGCACCCGCCGGCCGGCGGUCGCCCCCGGCAGCCCGGGGGCGGGAGGCCCCACGCCCGACGCGCGCCGACUCAGCUUCCGGCUUGAUGAUGAGCUGCGCGAGGGCGUGGUACGCGCCAAGGCCGCCUUCGACGCCGCCGUGGCCGGACUCACCAUCGACGCCAUGCAGUUUACAGACGGCGGUAAGGAGCGCGUGAAGAAAUCCAAGCUGAGCCCGGACGCGGUGGCGCAGCUGGCCUUCCAGAUGGCCUUCCUGCGGCAGUACGGCGUCACUCCGGCCACCUACGAGUCGUGCAGCACGGCCGCCUUCAAGCACGGCCGCACGGAAACCAUCCGGCCCGCCAGCGUCUUCACCCGGCGCUGCGCCGAGGCCUUCGUUCGCCCCGACCGUCACCGCGCCGCUCCCGAGCUGAUGGAGAUGUUGCGCCUCUGCUCCGAGCACCACGGGCGCUUGACCAAAGAGGCGGCCAUGGGUCAAGGGUUCGACCGGCACCUGUUUGCCCUGCGCCACUUGUCGGCCUCGACGCACGCCUUUUACGCCGACCCGGCUUACGCCGCCAUCAACCACAACGUACUGUCCACCAGCACGCUGUCCAGCCCGGCGGUGGGCCUGGGCGGCUUCGCGCCGGUGGUGGCCGACGGCCUGGGCGUGGGCUACAACGUCCACGACGACUGGAUCGGCUGCAACGUCAGCGGCUACCCGGCCCGCGACGUUUCAGAAUUUCUGCGCUGCGUCCGGCUGUCCCUGGAAGAUAUCUUUGCCGUCCUGGACGGGAAGGACCUCGCCCGCUGA